AAAAAAAAUGUUCGAACAAAUAAGCAACCGAACCAAUUUGUUACCUUGGAGAAAGGAAUUCACUAUUCAGAAUACGAUUCCAGUCCACCCCCGGGUGUCUCUCCCCUCUCUCUCUCCCCCCGCCAAUGGCGGAAGCAACAAAUAACCAGACGACCGAUGAAGCCGAAGAUGAUUACAUGGGAGACCUCUCUCUGUUCCUUCCCCCAGAAACCACUGAUCCACCAAAAUCUUCAAAAAAGGACUCAAUCAGCAAAACCCAUGUCCCCCAAUCUUCAAACAAGAAACCCAAAACCCUAAACUGGCAAGAACAACGCAAGCUCAAGAGAGAGCAAAAGCAAGAGGAAGAGGACAAACAAACCCUAGCAAACCUAGAAUCAGCUAUUCCCCAAUCCAACAUUGGGUUUAAGCUGUUGAAACAAAUGGGUUACACCCCGGGUUCCGCGCUGGGGAAGGAGGGUUCCGGCCUGGCCGAGCCCGUGGGGGUGGAGAUCAGGCGGACCCGGGCUGGGAUCGGCCGGGAGGACCCUAGGAAGGAGAAGAGGAGGAUGGAGGAGGAAAUGAUGGAGAGAGAUAAGAGGAAGGAGGAGGAGUUGAUGGCGGAUUUCGGGUGGCGGCAGAAGGAGCAGUGGAGGAGUAGGAGAGUUGUGGUGAAUUAUCACAAGGCGAAGGCGGCGUUCGAGCAGUUGGAGAAUAAGGAGGUGGUGGUGGAGGAGGCGGAGGAGAAGGACGAAGAGGAUGGUGGAGAUGAAGAGGAGGAAGAGGAGGAGGUGAUAACAGAAGAGGAUUUGCAAGACAUAUUGUUGAAAUUGAGAGAGGAAUAUCAAUACUGCCUCUUCUGUGGAUGUCGGUAUGAGUCGAUGGAGGCACUCUUAUCCAACUGCCCAGGAACAGAUGAAGAUGACCAUUGAAAUACACCGCGCCAGUUUGUGCAACUCUUCACAACUUCCCGAAGAAGAUGCAACUUCAUGCCAAGAGGGAUGAGAUUGUUCUCAAUGAGGUCAAUACCUUGCCAAAACAUUAAACCGUGUGGGGUGCUUUUUCUUAGUCUGCAAUUUCACCUCUUUUUGAGAAUACUCAAGAGGCUAAAGGAAACCAGGCUUUCUGAUGAGAUUGAUGGCAAGUUGUUGUGAAGGAGGAACGGAACACCAUAGCUGCUACAUCCUUUGGAUUUUGCUUAUGGAGAGCUGCCCUUGCAAAUUUCAGAGUUUGUGUAAUUAAAAGGAAAGUAGAUGUUGAAUCAGCUAGUAUAUUGACACAAAAUUGAUGUUAACGCGAACAAAUUUGGGUAGGAUUUUCCACCUGUAAAGUUAAUGAUUGUCCGCUACCAUGAGAUGUUAAUUGGGAUCGAAUGAAGCAUAUCUGUGACAGUUAUGCAAA